AUGUCGUCUCCCAGCAGCUUCAAGAAGCUGCAGGUCGUCUCCCUCUCCAAAGACUUCCGAAGUUCUACCUCCGUCGUUGAGGCGCAUCUUCCGGAGGAAGUGCCGGAGGGGAUGGUUCGCGUGUCUGUCAAGUACGCCGGCGUGAACGCGAGUGACGUGAACUUCACGAAUGGCUCGUACCUCAAGAACGCGCAGCCGCCCUUCGACUGUGGAUUCGAGGCGGCCGGCACAGUGGUGCAGAUCGGUGCCGGUGUCGCGAACGUGAAGGUGGGCGACCACGUCGUACUCAUGCAGUACGGCUGCUUUGCUGAGUUCCUCGACGCACCCGCAGAGACGUGCAUACCAGUGCCAGAGUUGAAGCCGGAGUACAGUGUGCUCCCUGUCAGCGCUCUCACGGCCGCCGUCGCGCUUGGCGAGGUGGGUCGCGUGAAGAAGGGCGACGUGGCGCUGGUCACGGCGGCGGCCGGUGGCACGGGCCAAAUCGCGGUGCAGUUGCUCAAGCACGUCUACGGUUGCACGGUGAUUGGCACCUGCUCCUCCGAGGAGAAGGCCGAGUUCCUCAAGAGCAUUGGCUGUGACCACGUCAUCAACUACAAGAUGGAAAGCCUCGACGGCCGCCUGCACGAGCUUUGUCCGAAAGGCGUAGAUGUCGUCUACGAGUGCGUUGGCGGCCAGACUUUCAACGAUGCCGUCCGCCACGUCGCCGUGCACGGCCGUGUUGUGAUCAUCGGCUCCAUUUCGAGCUACAAGAGCGGUGAGGUGGUGCCCUUUUCUGAUCCCAGCGGCACCUCGGUGACGAUGCUGCUCCUAGUCAAGUCUGCGUCCCUGAACGGUUUCUUCCUUCCGCAGUUCCACGACGUCAUCCCGAAGUACAUGGCAAACCUGCUGCAGUACCUCAAGGCCGGCCAGGUCAAGCUCUUCGUGGACAAGAAGGCGUUUCACGGAUUGAGCAGUGUCGCAGACGCCGUUGAUCAUCUGUACUCGGGCGCAAACUACGGCAAAGUCUUGGUUGAGAUCCAGUAG